UAUGUAAUAACCUAUGUCCCCUAGAAAACCUUUAGGCAUGCUUAUCAAUAGAAAUUUCACUCCAAAAUUAAAAACUGAACCAAUCCAAUACAAAUCUAAUAAAUUUCAUAAUAGUCAGAAGUCUUAAAAAUGGGAUUAGAUUAAAGAAACAUUAGAAGGAGCAAAUAAAAACAUGUUAGAAUUUAAGUAAUUCUUAGAAAAUAUUUAAACUGAUAAACUAUUUGUAUGA